AGCUAGCGCGGUAGCUAACGGCGGCUGCGCUCCGCUUCGCUAGCCGGGUUACGGUGAACAGUAAUUAACCUGAAAAUGCGGCUCACUCUGACCGGCUAACAAAGCCUCAGCCGGCGGUGGAGACUCGACUGCGGAGACUCGGGCUGGCUGCUAGCAUGUGAAUGACGGGCGAGAGCGAGCUGAGCGGGGACUCUGCACUGUCAGGCGAAUUAAUAAGAACCACGGCGAAGAGUAAUUUGAACUGCGUGGCUCAGGUUCCGUUUUCUUUUAGCUAAAAUGUUUAAUAAACUGUACCAAUGGCUCGGAACUGGAAUAGCGAACCUUCGCAACGGAGUACCGGCCGACGGGGAUCACCUCGGUACCAACAGAGCUCAGCAGGACGGUUCUCCGCAGAGAAAAAGACCCAUAGACUGUCUGGAGGAUGUGGAUGGCAUUGAAGAAGACAGAGCGGUGAAGCGAUAUAGGAUGGGAGAUUUUAUGGACUCGAUGAAGACUGCGGCUGAGGGGAUGAAGACCCAUGGCUCGAGUGUUGCGUCGUGGGUGUGCAACAGUGUUAGUCCGACAUUGAGGAACAUGCUGCCUGCCUCUCCUGGCUCACCUCAGACAAAACGGACAUCUUUACCUGCGGUCAAUGCGUCGGGGUCUGCAUGGACUGAAAACAAGUUUACUGAAAAAACAACUGAAACGCUUGAGGACACAUUUGUGGCUCCUUCAACUGCUGUUGAGUGGAAAACCAUCCUUAAGUCUGACUCUUUAAGAACUGAGCAGUCAGUGACUAUAUCGAAGGUCGGCCGACGGCAAGUCUAUACAGGCCUUUCACACCAUGAUACACACAAAACUAAUGGCCACUCAGUCAACAUAUCCCCUAUCUGCACCUCUAAACCCUGCCCCUCUCCUCGGCUUGGUCGGCCCCUGUACCUCAGACCGCACAAAUCACCAAGCCGGUUCUCUACCCCUGGAUCAAACACAGGAAAUGCGUCGUACACCAGUAUGUAUGAGAAGACCUUUCCCAUUCGAGUGGUCCAGAGCCCUUCCCAUGGCACCUCCAGCCGUCACUGGAGAGGCAGACCUUGCUGUACAGCGCAGGAGUCAGUACGUGAGGAGGAAAAAGAAGUGUACAGGCAGUUGUUAUCCAUGGUGUCUGGUGGCCAGUCGUCAUUCUUCCAUGACAGUUCUCACCCAGGCAUCCGAUCACAUCGGGAUUUCUCCAGUUUCCUGACAUCAAGCCGCCGACUGCUGCGGUGCGCUUCCCCCGCGGGCUCAGGAGCAGGAGAGUCUUCAUUAGAUUUAUCCAGCCUGCCUCCCAGCCCACAGAACUCCAGUGCCCUGCCCAGCCCUGGGGCGGUCUCCAAUGGCCCUGAAUCACAGACGUGGACCUCUGACGCUGACAGUGAGUCAGGCUCAAGAAGACCACUGGCCAUACGGUCCACGCUGUCACCAGCUAACUUUCAGGAUGCUUCAUCUCAGGACACACAGUCAUCAGCUCAUGAUGGAGACUCUGUUAUUUUUGUAAAGGAGCAACAGGGCAAGAGACCAGAAAGCUCAAGCGUGCCAUGUUUCCAAGCUGAACUUUGGAUCAAAGAACUGACAAGCCUCUAUGACUCCCGUGCUCGGGAGAGACGGCGGCUCAUAGAGGAGCAAGAGGCUCUGGCAUCUCAGCUCUUGCGCCAGCGUCUGUCUGGUGAAGGCCAAGCUGGUCUAACAAGUGUGGAGCUGCAAGUGCGAGUACCUCUAGAAAAGGAGGUUCCUGUUGCGUCUAUCAUCGAGGAGCCAGUGCCCGUUGUAGAGGAGCAGGAAUUCCCUGAGCUGACUGAGGUCAUGGAGAACGAGGUGAACAGAGCGCUGAGGGGCGGUAGUCAGGAAGAGGUUCUCAGUGAGGGAUUCCGCCUCACCAUCACCAGGAAGGACCUGCAGACUCUUAGCCACCUAAACUGGCUCAAUGAUGAGGUGAUAAACUUCUACAUGAACAUGCUGGUGGAACGCAGUAAGGCACCACACUUGCCCUCUGUGUACACCUUCAAUACCUUCUUCUACUCUAAGCUGCGCAGCUCUGGAUACUUAGCCGUUCGCCGCUGGACCAAGAAAGUAGACAUUUUCUCUGUGGACAUCAUUCUAGUGCCUGUCCACCUGGACGUGCACUGGUGUCUCUGUGUUGUGGAUUUUCGCAAGAAGAGCAUCACAUAUUUUGAUUCCAUGGGAGGAAACAAUGAUGAGGCAUGCAGGAUUUUGUUAAAAUAUUUGAAACAAGAAAAUGAAGACAAAAGAGGCCAAGACUUGGAUACCUCAGACUGGACACUUCAGAGUAAAAAACGCAAUGAGAUUCCUCAGCAAAUGAAUGGAAGUGACUGUGGAAUGUUCACAUGCAAAUAUGCUGAAUACAUCACCAAAGACAAGCCAAUUACGUUCACACAGAAACACAUGCCGUAUUUCAGGAGGCGAAUGGUAUGGGAGAUCCUGAAUCAGAGACUUCUAUAAUAGACAACCUUGUCAUGAACUCACCCGAGGAUGAUGUGAGGAAAACGAGGGCUGCUGCACUCUGCCGUACUGCAGGAUCCACGCUGGCUCGAAACAGACAUAGAAGUUAUGCCUUUAACACUUCCUCAGCUGGUGCUCUGUUUCACUGAUGCCAAGUAUGUGCUGCUCAACUGACAGCCUGGGUUCAAGAUUUUAGGAUGCCAGUGACCCAAAAAGAAGCUCCAGUGUUUUGGGCUUCCUGUCUGGUAUAAUUCAGUGGCGUCCCCUCCACUACAACCUUAAUAACUUGACGUUUUUUUGUUUUACUCAGAUUUUGAGCUUCAAUGUGGAUGUUCGUUUUUAAUUUCUCUGCAAAACAUUGUUUUUUUAUUUUUGUUUUUUUUUUGCUUAUGAUAAAUAAAUAAAAAUAUGCGCUGACAGCUUUUUUUCAUUUUACAGCAGGCGUUGCAUUUCAGCAGUUUGUCCAUUUUCUCAUAACUGAAGUCAUAAUUGUUUAUGUCUUAAGGUUGUUUUCCACAUUGGCAAAGCAUCACAAACCUGUAUGCUGCAAAAAAAGGCAACGUGGGACCAACAGCUGUUUGCUCUCAAACAGUAAUCCAGCUAAAGCUGACAAUCGCAGGGCUUUUGUAAACCACUGAGUUGGGAGAAUGAAACUACGGAACAAGCAUAAUUCAAAAUAAUAGUAUAUUUUUGAUGUCAAUACAUAUUUGUAUUUUACAGCACAUUUCUUAAUACAUGUGCCAGAAAGACAGUCUGCUUUUAUAAUUUCAGUGACCUGACUUUCUGAAAAGGGGUAAUGCUCUUUCACAUACAGCAGUUAUGACUUCAGUAUGAUUUUUUUUUUCUUCUUUUACAAAAGAGAAGGCUUCGGUUCGAUAACAUGAUAGGGCAGUUUUUCAGUGGAAGCUCUGUGCAGAUGGCCAAGAAACAUCUGCUUAAGUUGGUUAUUUUUGUUGCAAGAUUAGACAAGCUAAGCAGCGAAUAUGGAUCUGUCAGAAUAUCUAGAUAAGCAUUAAGCGUGCUUUAUCUAUAAAUAUUUUAAAGAAAGGUCGAAGUAGGUCAAGUCAACACAUGUAUAACUCCAAUGCAAACCAGCAGGAUAGCAUCCUUCCGUUUUAUACUGACACUUGAGGAUACUCAACUCUAUGUAAGUAUACUCAGUUUAGUAAUUUGCUAUUGUUUCUAGAGGUUUUUCUCUGUUAUAUUUACAGUUAUUGUACAUACAGUGUCUCACAGGUUAAUUGAAGACAUAUUUAAUACACAUUUUGUACCUUUUAUUAUGGUUUUGUAUGUAGAUCUGGUCUUCCUGGAAAUAAAAUCCUGAGGCUGUGUGUGUAUUGGA